CGUUCACGUAAGAGAGAAGAAUACGCCUCCUCAGCGUCAACUGCCCGCCAAGGUAACGAGACGGGCGGAGCCCCAUUUGCGCCACCGCCCGCCCACAAUGCCGUGCUCGCCAGGGCCCCGCCGCCGCCCGCCGGCGGCGGUGCCAAUCAGCGCCGUCCUGCUCCGGCAGCUUCGGAUCGCGGCCGGCCAGGGCUCCCCGCGCCGCCUCCUCCUGCGGUCCCUGGCGCUGGUCCUCACCUCCAACCUCUCCUCCACCCACGCCGCCGUUUCCUCCCGCCUCCUCAACUCGCUCCUCCCUCACCUCCCCGCCGGCCGCCUCCACCUCCUCCGCCUCCUGCCCUUCGACCACCUCACCCUCCUCCUCCUCUCCUCCUCCUCCGGCCCCACGCGACCCGCCGUGUCCGCGCUCCACGCGCUCGCCGUCCGCUCCGGCCACCUGCCCGCCGACCUCCGGCUCGCCAACUCGCUCCUGGCGCGCUACCUCGCGCUCGGCUCCCACGCCUCCGCGCGCCGCCUCUUCGCCGACAUCCCGCGCCCCGACGCCGUCACCUGGAACACGCUCCUCCGCGCCUGCCUCCGCUCCGGCCUCCUCCCCUCCGCCCGCCAGCUGUUCGACCAAAUGCCGCAGCGGGACCUCGUUUCCUACAACUCCAUGCUGUCCGGCCACGCCGCGGCCGGGGACAUGGCCGGCGCGCAACAGCUGUUCGAUCAGAUGCCCGAGAGGGACGUGGUCAGCUGGAACUCGAUGCUUGGUGGAUAUACCCGCCUCGGAGACAUGGAGGAAGCCAGGAGGAUGUUCGACGCGAUGCCGGAGAGGGACGUCGUGUCGUGGAACUCGAUGCUGGACGGGUACGCGCAGGCCGGGGACGUCAAGAUGGCGAGGGCCAUGUUCGACGGCAUGCCGAGGAGGAGCGCCGUGUCCUGGAACGUCGUCCUGGCGCUGUACGCGCGGGUGAAGGACUGGCGGGAGUGCCUGAGGCUGUUUGACGCGAUGAUGGCGGUGGGGGCCGCCGUGCCGAACGAGAAGACCUUCGUGAGCGUCCUGACGGCCUGCGGCAGCCUGGGCGACCUCGAGAGGGGGAAGUGGGUGCACGGCCUGGUCCGACAGAGGUGGGAGAGGAUCGUGCCGGACGUCCUCCUGCUCACGGCGCUGCUGACGAUGUACGCCAAGUGCGGGGUGAUGGAGACGGCGAGGGAGAUCUUCGACUCGAUGGGCGAAAGGAGCGUCCCGUCGUGGAACUCGAUGAUCAUCGGCCACGGGCUGCACGGGCAGAGCGAGAAGGCGCUCGAGCUAUUCCUGGAGAUGGAGAGGAGCGGGCCCAGGCCAAACGAGACGACCUUCGUCUGCGUCCUGAGCUCCUGCGCCCACGGCGGGCUGGUGCUCGAGGGCUGGUGGUGCUUUGACAGGAUGGUCAGGCUCUACGGCAUGGAGCCCAAGGCAGAGCACUUUGGCUGCAUGAUGGACCUCCUCGGCCGCGCCGGGCUGCCCACAGGCUCGGAGAACCUCGUCCAGAAUUUACAAGGCAAGGCGUCCCCGGCGUUGUGGGGCGCCAUGGUCUCGGCCUCUCGGGCGCAGAACGGCUCCAGGCUCGGGGAGUUUGUGGGGAAGAAGCUGAUCGAGAUGAAGCCGGCGGAGGUCGGCCCGUACGUGCUGCUCUCGAACAUCUACGCGGCGGAAGGGAGGUGGGACGACGUCGAGAAGGUGAGGGAGAUGAUGAAGCGGGACGGGGCUGAGAAGGACGUGGGGCUGAGCCUUGUGGGAUCGAGCGAACCGGUGACCCGUCUUGGUACUGAAGACGGCGCGGUGGUGAUGUCGAUGCUGGGCGAGAUGGGCGCGCACCUGAAGAAGCCGGCGACCGAACCCCAGGAGCCCAAGUGCAGGGAGGGAAGGGAUGCCACGAGGACCUGUUGUGCGUGACAGCAGCAACGCAGAGCAUGUUGCAGGAUUACUACGCCUCGCCGUUGAUCAU